UGCGUUUAUUUUUUAUUCGCGUUCUAUUUUUGAGUGUGACGGUUCUGUCUGGUGAAAACAGGUGAAAAUAAAGCAUUCUGGUUUGCAAAAAAAGAUUGAAAAUUUGAUGAUUUUCAUAUAGUUCGCAAUUGAAUCGAUCUUUUCCUCCCGAUUGCGAAAGUUUUCACAAUGCAGAACGGAGAAGAACCACCGGCGUCGACCGAAACAGCAAAAGUCCCAGAGGAGGUGACCAAGCAGUCCUUCAGGCUCAAGAUAUGGCGUCAUUUGGAGACCAACGGCCUUGCCAUGUUCCCGCGCCCGGUGUACAACCGGAUCCCUAACUUCAAGGGUGCUGCUGAGGCGGCGGCCAAGUUGGCUGAGCUCGAUGUCUUCAAGAACGCUACCACUGUGAAGGUCAACCCGGACAAGCCGCAGGAGCCUGUGAGAGUGAUAUGCCUCGAAAAACACAAGACGCUCUACGUGCCAGUUCCGCGCUUGCAGAGUGGUUUCCUCAACCGCAUGGUGUUACCUGAAGGCGAGACCAGACCUGGAGCCAUCAGGAAGGCAGUCUCUCGCAAUGGCAUGGAGACCUUUGGACAACCAUUGAGUAUCGAAGAUUCGGUUUCCCUGGAUCUCGUCGUGAUGGGUUCCGUUGCUGUUUCUAAGGAGGGAUAUCGCAUCGGAAAAGGAAAAGGUUAUGGUGACUUGGAGUUUGGCCUGAUGAUGCACAUGAAGGCGAUUAAACCUAACACACUGGUUGCUACUACCGUUCACGACUGUCAGGUAUUUGACACAUUGCCGGCUGAACUGUUUGGGCCCCACGAUGUUCCCAUAGAUCUGAUUAUCACACCAACUCAGGUGAUAGAAACUCAACGCAUGAGUCAGCGGCCGGUGGGGAUCCUGUGGCAUCUGCUGUCCAACCGCCGCCUCGAACUGAUGCCCGUGUUGGGGCAACUGCGCGAGAUUGAGAUGCUCGCGGGCCGAGCGUGUGUCCUGAAGGAAGAGGAUACCGACGUGGAAGACCGCGCGGCGCAGCGCACCGCACAGCGCACGCGCCGACAACGCAGGCGCACUCGCUCGCACAAGAGCCAGAGCGAGGGAGAGGGCAACACAACAGAAGGGGAAGAGAGCAAGUCGACUAAAGCCCGUCGCACACCGCGUCGCCGCAACAGCAACAAGUCUGUAAGCAAGGAUGGCAAAGAGGACGGCAAGCCGCGCCGGCCCAGGCGACCCAAACCCGUCAUUGACUUCACUGUCAAGAUUUCAAACAUAAGUCCCAGUACACGAGUGCGCGAUUUGAAACAGGCGUUGUCAGAGCGUGGUGUUAAACCACAAGUCAUGGUUUGGAAGGGCUUCCGUGGAUUCUGCUACCUACAUUUCUUCAAACCUGGCCCGCCCAAGGGCGAAGGUGACAUAGUCCCAACGCCCAACAUGGAGGGUGUGAUCGCCGCAUUAGCAGAGAUGUCAGUAGGGGGCUCAGGGGGUACUGAGGGGGCGGGCGACGAGCCGCGCGACGACAAACCGCGCCUGCUGCUCGUCGAGCCCGCGCCGCCGCGCCAGCCGCGCGAGGAGGCGCAGCCGCAGACGAUCGACACCAGUGCGCCCGAGCCGGAGCCCGUCGCGCCUGAGGUACACUAACUCCCGCGAGCUGACAUAAUAAUCGACUCGAGAGUUCCCUUUUUAACACUAAAUAUAAUAUGUUUUGAUUACUUGUAAAACACGCAUACACGAUCGUCGGGGUUAGUCGACAUAAAACCUAUUCGUAAAGUGACUCACUCUUAUAAAAGUCGUUUUCGUUUAAUGUCAUAUUUCUAAAAAGGCCUAUUCGUCUAUGGAUUUAAGGUCAUAGCUCAUUAGAGCCACCCGGCACCCGACCAGCACCGCCUCGCAUUGUCCGGUCAUUGUUCUUUAUAUGGAUUUCUAUGGACAUACUCUCACUACAUCAACUCUUUAACAUCAGUUUAUUCUUAAAAAGACUACUACUUCUUUCUUUGAAGUCGACUAACCCAUCGUUAGUCGACCGCCUUGAUGACGUCACCAACAAAACGAGAACAACAAAAAUACCGACAAAUAAAAUUAAAUGUUUCAAUGACUUCAAGUAUCAUGUCAAUAUUACUUUUUAAAUUUAUUAAAAUACGCAAAAGUCUUCUAUAAUGUGGCUACGGAAUUGUUGUAGUGAGCGUAUGUCCAUAGAAGUCCAUAUUAAGAAUACUAACCGCACGAGGCGAGGCGGUGCAAGUCGAAUGCCUGGUGGCUCCAAUAAACUAUGACCUUUAUUCUUAUAAAAAGACCUACUUUCUUAAGGGUUAGUUGAUGGACCUCUUGGGACGACGACGUCACCCGGCCUGAUGGCGUCACCAAUCAGACGAGAACAGCAAAACACCAACAAAUAAAAUAAUUAUAUUGUGAAUAAAAUGUUUCAAUGACUUCAAGUGUCAUGUGAAUAUUUCUUUUUAAAAUUAAAAUACGAAUAGGUCCUAUUUUAAUUAAACUUUCAAGAGAAGACAGGUAUGUUUAAGAAUAAAGGUCAUAGCUCAUAAGAGCCACCCAGCACCGGAUCUGCACCGCCUCGCUUCGUGCGGUUAGUAUUCUUUGCACUCGUAUGGACAUAAUACUAAUCGCACGCGGCGAUGCGGUGCAAAUAGAGUGCCGAGUGGUUCUAAUGAGCCUUAAGUUAUUUAUCGUAUAGGUCUUUUUAGGAAUAUGCCAUUAAGCGAAAAGGCCUUUUUUUUAAGAGUGAGUCAUUUUGCGAAGAGGUUCUACGUCGGCUAACCCGAUCGUUGCUCGCUUCUAUCGCACGCGGACUGACGGGGCUCCUGUCGCAUUCCGAUACUAAUUGUUUUAGUAAUAAGGUUGAUUUUACUCUGCGCCGGGCGGCGUCGCUUGCGUCUUUAUUUAACUAACAUCCAUGUUUUAAGUUGAUUAUAAUGAAACACCAAUUAAAGGGUAAAAUACACGUUUAUUUAAACUUUGGGGUAUUUAUUAUUAAGAAGAAUUUAUACUUAGGUUGCAUAACUCCAACAAUUUAGUCCAUAAAAUGUAAUGAAAAUAACUUAAUUGAUUUACGUACAAUACCUAUAAGGCAAAUGUUAUUCUACUUUUUUUUAAUGUAUUUAGUAACUAAAUACUCAUUUAAUGACCUUUAUGAUUUUUCAUAAUAAUCUAUGAAUAUCAUUUUUUUUUUCAUUUAAUUUAAUUUUAUCAAUGAGUUAAUAGCUAAUUUUCCAUGAUUACUAUCUUACCUUUAUUUAUAGUACAUGCCAAGUUUAUGGGUUCAUGUCCGAAUUUAAAUAUUCAUACCUGAUAUUGAAUAUUAUUCAAGCCUGUACUUAUCAAUUCAUACAUCACUUAUGAACUCAUACAUCACAAUAUACUUUAGUAUUGUAAUGUUAUUAACUGGAUUUUGAUGUAGUAAAAAAUUAAAUAAAGACGCAUUACCCAACCGCAGCGUGGUUCGAUUUUAGUUUCGAAAAUAGCUCGAAUGAAUGUUCGCGCGAAGGUUUUUUUUGUUUCUUUAACACGUACCGCCCGGCGCUAUGUUUAGAAAGAGUGAGCUAUAUUUACAAAGAGUAUAUUGAUAUAUCUUUAUGAAUGUUUUAGUUGUUCUCUAGUCUUAAACGUUAGAUUAAUGCUCAUAGCACAUUAUGGACGAUACGAAAUUCCGCACGCAACGCAUUUUAUAUCUCGUGUCAAAAAAAUGAAUUAAAAUAACGGCAGAGAGGGAAUCCUCUCGCUUACACACUGUACCUGUGUAUAGUGUGUGAGUGCGACGGAAUAAUUACCGCUGCUUCAUUUCGCUUCAUAUCGGAACAAGCCUCGUUAAUCAUUCCAUCUCACUUACACAGUACACCUGUGUAUAAUGUGUGAGUAUGAUGGAAUUAUUAGCGUUCGUUUCGUUCUAUUCAUUGGCACGAGUUAUAUCAGUACUGAAAAUGCAAAUAACGCCAACAACACGAAUUACAGCAUCUUAGGAUGUCACCUGUCUUUUAUUGAUGUGUGUAUUAAAUAAAUAAUCAUUCAUUUUUCAUUUAUAAAGGCAAAUCUUGCGAGGCGCAGAGCAUUUUAACUGCCAAACCAUUAUCGACUUUACUUAAGUUGAAAUAAUACCGAGAAUCAACUUGCUGUAGAUAUUCGCAAUUUCAGUACUAAAUACGUUGCGUUGCGCCGCGUGCGGCGUGCCGUUAAUGUGCGUACAGCAUAAUAUAUUUUAAAAAAAACUUACUCUUCGUUUUGUUCAAUGCAAAUACUUUUAAGCAUUCUUCCAUAUUUUGUAAAAGAUGCUAUAUUUUAGUAUAAUGUAACAAGGGUCCUUACGCACGGGAGAAAAAAAUCGCAUUGGUGGUUUAGUUACGAUUGAGUAUAAAACUGGAUGUACUUAUAUUAUUUAAGCGGACUUGAUUUAAAUUAACGGGGUUCAUAACAUUUUUAGCUAUUCUAUGAAGUAAUCGCGUGCUAUGACGUCAUAGUACACGUCACUGUUACUCGGCAUGUGUGUACGGAUGACAUAAAUUGAUAACACGUGCCAAUACAGAAACGAAGCGGUGCUAAUCAUUCCAUCUCACUCACACACUAUAUCUGUGUAAAGUGUGUGAGUGGGACCCAAACUCAACCCAAAACUUUGAAAGCCCCACCAUAAAAAAAAUGUAGAAACUAGGAAAAAAGCAGGCAUAGGGGAAGCGGGUUUUUUUUUUGUUUAACUGACUGAGACGGAAUGAUUAACGCCGCCUUUUCCCAUAACUAAAUGAUAACACUUAACUUUGUUACACAAGGUGAACUUAAACCGCGGCGUUGUUUUUUUCUACCGUGCGCAUGAGUCCUAAAAAUAGAUUUCACCGAUUUUUUUUUACUAUAAAGUUAAGGUGCUUUGAAAACGGGAUUCCAAACUGCUCAGUUGCACAAUGCAAUCGCAAUCAGCCCCUAGUACAGUCAGCAACAUAGCUAGAUUUGCACCCGUCCAUAGUCGCUUGUACUGGCGGGUGCAAACCUAUUUUUGUCGCUGACUGUACAACUUUGAAAAACAUUGUAAUUGUCGCUAUGCGAUCGCCCCAGGUAUAGAUAUUUGUUUCUACGGAUUUGAUUAGUUUUCUAAGGUUUUUUUUACCUUAUAAAGUUUGGAAUCCCGUUUCGAACUUGUUAUUUGUGCCAACUUUGCGAUAUUUUGAAUACCUAGUUGUUUUUGUUUUCUUGUAGAGAUAAAUUUUAAAAUUAUGCUAACGUUACUGUUCCAUUAAAGGUGCGUAGCGAUACGAUGCGAAACUAUAUUUAAAAUAAACCGUUAGAUAACUUACCGUGUCUCUAAACGAGCACACGCGCUUGCGCCACAGUUUGUUCUUGGAACAUUGCCUCGGCCAAACAAUCUUAAGGCAUAUUUUCACUGAAUCAGCAAAUAAAUGCGUACGAAGCAUUUCGCUGCAUCAUACCUUAGUUUGGUUUUAUUAGGAUGCCAUUUAUGGGCACUUUUAAGGAGCGAUUGUUAGUUAUAUCUUAUAACUAGCUAAAUAACGAAAACUACCGGCCCAAGAAUAGCUAUGUUUACAAGUUUAUUCAUUCUAAUUAAUGCAGUAAUAUUUAUGUACAAGAAGUUGAUUGUUAUGUUGAAUAUAAUAGUUUCUUAAACUGCAAUAUUUUUAUUAAUUAUGAAUUUCUAUCAUGUUGAAUGCUUACCUAUGUAAUAUAAUGAUGAAGUCAGUCCUGGCGCGUCGAUUAACUUAAUCUUCUAAUAGCUUAGUAUCGCUUCGCACUUUAGAUGGGCAGCUACCCUAUUUCUUACAUAUCGAUGCAUAGAAAGUUGGUAUAAAUAUUUUUGUUUUUAAACUUAAUGUUUAAAAGGUUUAAAACUACUUUUUUCAGUAUUAGGUUAUUCGUAAUUUAAGAUGCGAGAAGUUAAUAUAUACGUCAUAAUAAUAUAUUUAAAUUAUUUAGUAUACUCUAGAUUAAGGCGACUCUCACACUUAUCUACGUUAAAAUGUUUUCUUAGUUAAUUCGCAAUGAUAUACCAAGCUUUAAAAAACAGUUGUAUUAAUGAACAGGUUUUGCCGUUAAUUUCGUACUACACGAAAGCUUAAUUAAAAAAACUCAAAUAUUUUUCCACAGUAUGCAUAACAUUUUUUUAAAUUUUGGUUGGAUCGCAUACCAAAGUUAAUGCUCAAUCCAUCUUUAACUUGUCGAUAUGUUACUUAGCAACGCUGUUAUAUGUCAAAACGACUUUUGAGAAAUAACAACAUUGCUAAGUAACUGAUCGACAGAUUACAGAUGGAUUGAUUUUAAUUUUGGCCGUAGGAGAAUGUGUAAAACAGAAUUAACCGCAUUAUCGGUAAAUAUUAAAUUUCUCUUCGUUUAGUUUUACGUCGUAGGGACUGUGUCGAUUCGCCUUAAGUGAACUAUGACGUUCACACGUCCUAUGGUCUCUUUAUUAGUGGAAUAUAAAGAUGUAUUUUAUAUAGAACUUUGGGGAUAUUUGUAUUGAACAUAUAGUGCGUACAUUUUGAGAACUCGCUCGGCAUUUCCGCUAUGUAUCAACUGUUGUGUCCAAAGUACGAUUUCAGUCCUUAAGCUAAGGUGUCAUUUAUACGAGAGCUUUUUUAACGUACGUUAAAAACCGUCCAAAUAGAUCAAAUAACUAUAUUACCAAGUAUAUCAAGUAGUAUAGUAUUACACCACGUCAACGCUUUUUUACGUGUGAUCAGAUACUUGGGAAUACAUUUGUUCUAUUCGGACGCUUUUUAACGGACGCUAAAAAAGCUCUCAUACAAAUGAGGCCUGAAGGUAAACCGUAUGUUUGACAUGACAGUUGCCACAGAGCAAAAAUGGCGGGUGAGUUCUCAAAAUUUUAAAAGUAGCAUAGCAGCUUGUGUGAGAUUGGGUAUUCACUAAGUUUGCGAACCUAGAAUUCUGCGAUCCUCCGUUAAUUAAAUUUUUUCUUAGGGACUCAUAGCAAGCGCCCCGGACGCGUGAACUGAACGCUGUAAAGACAAAAAGCAUGACGCUAUAUGGAAUGAUAUAGGCGCGCGGCGGAUGCUUUUUGUAUUUCAUUCCAUAGAGUGCCGUACAUUUUUUUUUCACAGCGGUCAUACUAAGGCCCGUAUCCACCUAAGCGGAGCGGCGAGGAGAUGAGUUCAGCAGAACUACAUUAAAAAGCACGUCACGCAUUGUGACGUCACAAUCCAGUAUUUCAUAUAUAUAGCUCGCAUACUAAGCGCGUGUUUUGACGUUUAAUAAAAAGUUACUUAUCUGACUUGUUGGACACUACUCUAUUGUCGAUUGUGGAAUUCUCUAUGGGUUUUUUAAACUGAUUUUACAGAUCUGGGUUCUAGCCCUUUUGAGCAGCCUAUUCUGUAUGGAAAAAGUUCUAGAUUAAGUUGCCAACUGUCAAAAAAUUACGGAAUUCAGGUUAGCGGACUUAUUGAAUACCCAGCUUGAGAUUGUUUCUUAUGUGCAUUUUUUAUAUAGUUUAAAACUUAAUAGCACCUUGAAAAUUGUAUGUUUUAUACCCUUGUGCGUUUUUCGUUUCAAUGAGCUGUCUUGUAGUGAUUUGUAAUAGAUGCAUUCGUAGAAAAUGAACUUCCAUAGAGUAGCUUUUUCUCCCUAGAAAAAACUCUUUUUUAUGGAAACGUUUUUUUUUAUAUUUAUACUGAAACGUUAAAAGCCUAAUAAAAAGACAGUAAUUUAUAGUUCAUAAUGUAAAAGUGUUUUAUAUUUGCCAAUGCAUUUAAAAUACAAUUAAUAUUACCUUUGGUAGUCCCGGGUUUUCCGGAUUUUUCGGUUGUCCUCUGUUACCCUUGGGUUAAUAUCUUAGUUUCAAUGAAAUAAGGAAUCUGAUUUGUUU